AUGGCUUCAACAAACUCACCAAUCGCGAACGAGGAGCCCCUCACUCUCAUAUCCAAACUUCAACCCCUCACAACCAAACUCAGCAACCCAGAUGAUGUCGACGCCCGCAAAGAGGCCCUGCAGCUCAGUAAAGCGCUCACCGUGCAACUAGAACAGCCGGAGAACAUCGCCGUGGACAUGGCCUUCGCGCCCAUGAUCGCAACCAGCGCGCGCAUCGCCGUGGACCUGAAUCUCUUCGCGCACAUCGCCCAGGCGAAAGAGCCCAUCACCGCCGCGAAACUAGCCGCGUUAUCCGGUGCAGAGGAACUGUUGAUCGUCCGCGUCCUCCGCCUCCUCUCCGCGGUGCACUUCAUCCACGAAACCGCCCCCCAAACCUGGACCGCAACGCGGAUCACACACGCCAUGGCCACAGACGAAAUUGCAGCGGGCCACCGAAUGGUCUCGCGACUGAUCGUGCCGGCAAUGCAGAGCGCGCCCGCCUACUUCCAGAAGCGCGGGUACACGUGCCCCUUCGACCCGACCGACGGGCUGAUGCAGUAUGCCUUCCGCAGCAAGCAGACGACCUUCGAGCGGAUUGCGGCUGACGCUGCGCUCCUGCGCGACUUCAACACUUUCAUGGGGAAUACGAUGGGCGCCAGGAAGUACUGGGUGGAUUGGUAUCCUGUUCAGGAACGGAUACUCGAUGGUUUUGUGGAGGAGGGCAGCAAGGGCAAGGCGUUGCUGGUGGAUGUGGGCGCGGGGAAGGGGCAUGAUUUGCUGGCUUUUAGGGAGAAGUUCCCCCAGGUUGGUGGACGGCUGGUGCUCGAGGAUUUGCCGGCGGUUGUUGAUGGGUUGAGGGGGUUGGAGGGGGGUGUCAAUGCGGGCAUUGAGAUGGUUCCUUAUGAUUUCUUCACCGAGCAGCCGGUUGUUGGCGCCCGAGUCUACUUCUACCACCAUAUCCUCCACGACUGGUCGGAUCCGUACUGCCUGAAAAUCCUGAAACAUGUUUCCGCGGCGAUGACCCCGGGUUUCUCGAAGCUGCUCGUGCAUGAGAUCAUUGUGCACGACCAGAAGGCGGCGCAGUUCCAGGCCCAGUUCGAUAUGACCAUGAUGGCGUUCAACUCCGGGAUUGAGCGCACCCGGCAGCAGUGGGAGACUCUGUUGGAGGCGGCGGGGUUGACGGUGGUGGGGGUUUGGGAUCCGGUCGAUGAGGGCGGCGAUGGGCUCGUGGAGGCUAUGAAGCUUUGA